AUGCUGAGAAAUGAAGUUUAAACUGACAGGAGGAAUUCAGAGUUGGAUGAUUAGUUUGGAAUAUAAAAAAAAAAUGAUUUAAAUAGUCCAGACAUUACUCCCAAUCAAAAUUAAUAGCAAGGAGAAAUCAGAAAUAUUUAAUUGAUAAAUCAAGAAUCUAAAAAACCUGAUGGAGAUCAAGCUAGUUCUUUUUCUAUUGGUUAAAAUGAUUCAAUAUAUUUUGAGAAUAUGGCUCAUGAGUCAUAAAUCUUAGAAAAUGAACUAACUAAUCAAUUUAAUCAAUUUCAAUUUAAUGAUAGUUAUGAUUCAAUUCAAUAUUUACAAAAUUCAUCAUCUGAAAAUUUUGAUGAUGAUGAUGAUGAUGAUGAUGUAUAUGAAUAUGAUGAAUAUGAAUAAACUAAUAACACUAUUUAGACUCUCAAUGAUCCUAUUGGAUUUUAUGAUCGUAAUAUCAUUAUCAAAUACAAAAAAAAAUAUAAGAGAAAUCCAAUCUAUGAUCCAUAUCCAUUGAUUUGGGAAAGUAAGUAAGAUAUUAAGUGGGUAAUAAAGGAUUUCAAAUUAUAUUGGGAUGGUUACCCUUUCACUAAGAUUAGAAAAACUAUUGUUUUAUUUCUAAGAAUAAUAAAUAUUAGCUUUUAUAAAAUUAUUAGUCAUCGUUUAUUCACUCUUUUUGUACUUGGGUCAAUAAUAUUAAAUAUUGUAUUUUUUAUCUAAAGUCAAGAUGAUAACCUAACUCAAGAUGUCUAAGAUGAUCUUAAAAGGAAAAAGAAAAGUAAAAAAGAUUUGAUAUAUAUUAGUUAUACUAUAUUUAUUCAUAGGAGAAAAUGUAUUAAAAUUAAUUGGUUUAGGAUUAUUUAAAUAUAUUUUGGAUUUAUAAAACUUAUUUGAUGUCAUCAUUCUUGUACUAUUUUUAUUACAUUUCAAUUAUCCUGAAAUAAUGGUUGUAGAUUUUUCAACUGCAAGAUUAUUUCGAUUACUCACAUUUAUGAGUAUUUUUAGUAAGAGAUUAAAAAUCAUGUUAAUUGCUGUUAAACAUUCAAUAUUGGAAGCACUUUUAAUUGUUAUUAUAUUCUCUUACUUUUUUGCUCUAUUUGGUUAACAUUUAUUUAAGGGCUUAUUUCAAUAUCAUUGUUAUAUCGCUGAAGAAGGCAUUUAGACAAAGGAAAAGUGUGGAUAUAAUUUAUAAUGUAAGGAACAUGAAUUAAUAUGUGCUAAAUCCUUUAAUAAUCCAAAUGUACCUACUAAUUUUGAUGAUAUCUUUUAUUCAUAUGAAUAAGUAGUUAGAGUUAUGAUUUUCAAUGAUUGGACUGAACCAUUGUAUUUCUCAAUGCUUUCAUUUCAUGAUUUUACUGUAAUAUACUAUAUACUGAUUAUUUUUAUAAUUGGGAUUUUCGGAGCUAAUCUAAUCAUAGCUGCCCUCAAGAUUUAUUAUUCAUAAAAACUAGAAGAGAAUGAAUUAAAAGAUAUAAAAGAAAACUCUAAGAAUGAAGAAACUCUCUUGAAUUUUAAAAUUAUUAAAAAUUAUUAAAUUGAUAAAUUUUUAAAUAAUAAAUUAUAAGCAUGUGUGAAUAAUUAUUGUAACUAACCAAUAACAUUUAAUGAUAAAUAUUACACUUUUUGUUUGUCAGCUCGUUAAACUAGAGAAUAGAAAGAAAUUUACAAUAGAAAAAGAAGAAUUAAAUCAGAGACAAGUAAUAUUUAUAAUUUAUUUGAAAAUUUUACUAUAAGCAAAAUAUUACUAUCUGAUUAAAAUAAGGAGUAUUUUAUGUAAAAACUUUAUUCAAAUUAAGGUUUGAAUAGAGAUUAUUUUAAAGCAUUUUAUAUCUAAACUUUUAAAUAAAAUCCAUUAUAUUCUUGGAGGAUUGUUAUCAAGAAGAAUUAUGUUUUUACUAGUACAUCUGAAAAUGAUAUUAUUAGUACUUAUAAAUAAAAAAAUAAAUAAUUAGAGAAAAAGAGAGAUUUUGAAUUUAUAAGAAAAUUUGCUUUAAAGCAUUAUUAUUUUAUCAAAAAGUCAGAAUAUUCCUUAAUUAAAUAAGAAAACCCUCUCUCUUAAACUAGAAAAGAUAAUAUUGAAACCAAAGGUUUAUCUUACAGAAAAAUUAAAUUUCCAAUAAAAUUGAAACCAAAGAAACUUUAAAAUUCUCUAUAAGGAGAAUUCAAAAAUAAUGUAAACAAUUAAUAACUCAUUCUAAAGUAGAAUAAUGAAUCUCCUUCUUAUCAUUAAAAUCCUGAAUCCAUUUUAAAUUAAAAUGAAGCUGAAAAAUUAAUAAGAAAUAAUAUUUCAGUAGAUACUAAAAAUAAAAAUACUAUUAAAGUAAAUUAUAAGGAAUGUGAUUAUAUUGAAAUUAGCUAUAAAAUUAAUAGAUAGAUUCCUAGUUUAUAAAUUUAACCACUUGAUUAUGAAAAUAUUUAUGGAAGAUUCAGAAUGGAUGAAUGCAAAUAAUAAAUUAUAUAUAAGCAUAAUUGGUCUGGAGAAGAAGUCAUGCUUUAAAAAAAUAGUGUUUAGUUAAAGAAGAAGGUGUUUAAAUAAUUAAAUAACUAAGAUACAGCUAUUUAGUUAAAAAAUAUAAGAAAUUUUUUUAUUUGGAUAUAAAGAUAUGCUAUGAUAAUUGUAAAGAAUAAAUUUGCAAAAGUAUUAUUUGAUUCAGUAGUUCUAAUAAAUAUUGUAUUAUUAAGUUUAAUUGGUUAUGUUGAUGAGUAAAAAAUAAAGAAAAUAAAUUAUUUGUUUCUUUUAAUUUUAAUAGUUGAACAAUGUUUAAAAUUAUUAUAAUUAGGAAUAGUUCGAUUUUGCUCAAAAUCAACUAACAUAAUUGAUACAAUUGUUUUGACUUGUUCUUUUAUUGCAUCGAUAAAAUUUAAAGAAAAUUUCUAAGAAAAGAAUUUAUAUCUUGAUUUGUUAAGUUCACUCUAAACACUUUUGGUAUAUAGAAUAAUUAAGUAUAAUUAAUUUGCAGUUAAAAUAGCAAAUAUAACAAAGAAAUCUCUUCCUUCCUUUUUUAAUUUGAUAUUAUUGAUGGUUACUUUGAUUUUUAUAUUUGCCUUCAUAGGAAUGAAUUUAUAUAAAAAUAAAUUUCCUUUAAACACAGAUCUUGGAUUAUCCUCAUCUUUUGAUGAUAUUUAAGUUGCCUUUUUAACUGUCUUUAUAAGAGCAACAAAUGAUGAUUGGAUUGGAAUGAUGAUUAUGGGAUCUUAAUAUAGUUAUGUAAUUCCAACAAUGUUUUAUGGAGUUAUUUUAGUUUAUGUAUUAAAUUUAAUGACAAUUCGAUCAAUUUUAGCAAUAAUUUUAAAUGCUUUUUCAACCUUUUAAAAUAAAGAUAAAGAAAUCUUAUUGAUGAUUAAUAUUAAAUGGAUACUGAAAUAUCUUAAGAUUUAAGAAAUUUAGAUACAAGUAUAAUUACAUUAAAUACUUCUUAAUAAGAAGUACCAUAGUAACCUAUAUCAAGUGAAUAAAAAUAAUAGUGUAUAAUUGAAAAUAAAAUACUUAAUAAAAAGUUGAAUAGAAAUUAUUAGAAUAAUAGAUUUGAAAAGAAAAAUGGAUAAAUUGAAACUAUUGAAAAAUUAGAGAAUAAAUAAUUUGAAAAUGUUAAAUUUUUUAAAAAUAAUGAGAGUUAAUUCUCUUUAUUUAUAUUUAGUUAAUAAAACUAAUUUAGAAAAUUCUGUUAUCGAUUUAUUAAUUAUUCAAUUUACAUUCAUUUUAUUUAAAUGAUAUUUGUUAUAUCUUUGAUAAAUAUGUGUUAUUAUACAUACUAUGAUGAUUAUCAUAAUCAUGAAAAUCAUAAAUAUUAAGUAAUUUCUGAUAAUAUUGAAUUAAUAAUAAAUAUUAUUUUAUUGAUUGAUUCAAUUUUGAAGAUUAUAUCACUAGGAUUUACUCAAGAAAAAGGAGCAUUUACAAGUGAAUUUUGGAGAUUAAUAGAUUUUAUCUAUUAGUUAUUUUAUUUUGCAAAUUGUAUUUUUGAUUAUUCAAGUUUUAAAUAUAUAAAAAUAUUGAAAUACACAAGACCAUUUAGAUUUUUGUAAUUGUUUGAAGAAUUAUAAUAUAUAAAUAGUGCAAUUUCUAAAUCAAUAGUAGAUUUAAAAAAUAUUCUAUUCAUUUAAUUGAUGGUUUGGUUAUUUUUUGCAAUAUUUGGAGUAAUAAUAUACAAAGAUAAAAUGGGAUAUUGUGAACAUCCAUUAAAUUUUGGUGUUAAUAAAGAAUAAUGUAUUAAAGAAAAUAAUCCUUGGAUUAUUCAUCUAUAUAAUUUUGAUAAUUUAGGAAAUGCUAUGUUAACUUUAUUUAGAAUAUCUGCUUGUGAUAAAUGGGUAUAUAUAUGUUAGGUGUGUUUGAAUUCAAGAAGUGAAGAUUUAGGUCCAAUUCUUUAUGGAAACAGAUGGAUAACUUUUAUUUAUUUUAUUCUUUUCAUUUUAGUGGGAGUAUUAUUCUUUAUGGGUUUAUUUGCAGGAAUAUUAUUUACUAAUUUUCAAACUUAUAAAAAUAUUUUGUAGAAGUAAAUCUUAACUAAAGAUUAAUAAUUAUUUGCAGAUGUUACAAAAAUAAUUUUAAUGGAAGUUCCUAAUUAUAGUGAUCCUCCAAAAAAUUUUUUUAGAAGAUUAGCAUCAAAUAUAAUUAAAUAAUAAUCUUAUGUAAGAUUUAUUUUAUUGACAAUAUUGUUUAAUACAGGUAUUUUUAAAUAUUAUAUUUUAGUAAUUUUAACAUUUUAUUAUGAUUCUGCCACUAUUGAAAUACUAUAAAAAUUAGAAUAUAUUUAUCAAUUGUUAACAUGUUUCUUAAUUUUAGAUGCUUAUUUAAAGAUUCUUGCUUUUGGAUUGAAAAGGUAUUGGGGAUUUUGUUGGAGAAAGAUUGAAUUCUUUUUAAGUUUUAUAGCUCUAGUAGACUUACUUAUGUAUUUAAGUUUUGAUUGGACAAAAUAUUAUUAUUAUUACACAAUACAUGAUAAUUAUUUUAUUUGGGUGAGAUUAGCAUUUGCAUUAAGAAAUCUAAGAACUCUAUUAAUUAUAUAAUAAUUUAAAGGAUUGAAAAUAUUAAUAAGAAUUUUAAAUUAUUCAGCUUCAUUUUUAUUCUAAAUUCUUUGUUUUUUAAUCUCCAUACUUUUAUUUUAUGGUUAUAUAGGAUGUGAAUUUUUUGGUAAAGUAGAAAAAGGAGAAUAUAUUAAUGAAUAUAUGAAUUUUUCUAAUAUUGGAAAGGCUUUAAUUGUAUUAUUUAAAGCAUGUACUAAAAAUAAUUGGGUAAAAGUGAUGAUUGAUGUUUCAGACAGAAAUUAGUAUUGUAUUAAACAUGAAUCAGAAUAAUGUGGAGUAAGUUGGAUUUUUGCAAGUACAUACUUUUACUCAUUUCUCCUUUUAUCAAGUUUUGUAGCCUUUAAUUUAUUUAUUACUGCAUUAAUUGAUGAAUUUAAAUGUACUUAUUAUUUAGUAUUAUUAAGAAUUUUUUCAUUCUGAAAAAAGUGUUUUGUAAACCUAUAUCGAAAAUAUUGAUUCCUUUAGAACAGUUUGGUGUAAGUAUUCAUCUGAAACUAAAGGAAAAUAAAUGCACUCUAAACAUUUAGCUAAGUUUUUAUUAGAAUUAGGACCUCCUUUAGGAUCACCCAUUGGAGAUAAUAUAUGGGAUGCAGCUUAAAGUGCAUCUAAUUUUAAGAUUCGCACUGAUUAAAAUGGGUACAUACAUUUCUAAUAGAUUCUCUAUGAAACAAUAAGAUUUGUUUACAGAAACUAAAUCUUUAGAACAGGAACACAUGAAAGUAUAUAGGCUAUUAAACAAAUAGACAAAGAUAUACGUUUCAGAUUACAUUUUAAACAAAUAGUAUUAAAUUUAAUAAAAUUUCUAAGGAUAAUUUAGAUCAAAGGGAACAAAUAUAUGAUAAAAUGCACAUCAAAGGGAAUUUAAAUAUUCUUUAGGAUUAUCUAUAUUUGUUAAUGGUUUACAAAACUCUAAGAGCUUAUGCUAAGAAAAAAAUUGCCAAUAUAUAGAAUAAUAUUCCUUCACCUAAUAGUUUUUAAAAGAAGUCCUUUGAUUCUGAUAGUGAAGAAGAUAGAGAUUUCAAUGACAUGAAUUAAUAAAUUGAAGAUUGUUAACAUCAAGCGUCUUUUGAAUAAGAUAAUGAUGAACAGUUUAUAUAAUUGGAAGCAAAUAAAUGUUAACAUGCAUGUAAUUUUAAAAAUUCCCAAGAAACUGAAUAGAAGAAUUUAUAAAAUCAAAUACUUGAAUCUUCAAAUAUUAAUGAGAAUAAUAAAAGGAACAUGACUGAUUCUUAAGUCGAUUUUGAAUAGUAAAUUAAUGGGUUUCAAGUUAUAACUAAAAAAAACCACAUCAUUACUGAAUCACAUAAUUUAUAUGAUGAAAAAUGA